AUGCAAGGUACACUCCCAGCCGCUGGACAUAUGGCCAGUGAUUUACACGAACUACUCGUAGAGCCCCAGGAGCUGUGGGUACUCAAGCCCGUAACAGGGGGGCUCCAACGUAUCGGAGACGUGCAAGCCACCCACAGCGAGAACAGGGCGCUCCGGUACAUCCGCUAG